UAAAAAAAAAAAAGAAGAAGAACAGAGCAUAACUCACAGAACCCCGAACCCAAACAACCCAAUCCAUCAUCAUCUUCUUCUUCUGAAUCAAACCUGUUAGCAUUAUGGCACUCAAUUGUUAACCAGAUCUGAAAAUACCAUUUAUUUUAGUGGAAUUUUACGUUCGAUCUGUAAAUUCAAUCCACCGUCUUUGUCUUUGGUAACUUCGAAAUAAUCCUUGUUUAAUUUAGCCAUGGCUGCGCCAUUUUUCUCAACGCCUUUUCAGCCUUAUGUUUAUCAGAGCCAGCAAGAUGCAAUAACCCCUUUUCAGAUUUUAGGGGGUGAAGCUCAGGUGGUUCAGAUAAUGUUGAAGCCACAAGAAAAAAUCAUCGCAAAGCCUGGUUCCAUGUGCUUUAUGUCUGGAUCAGUUGAAAUGGAAAAUGCCUACCUUCCAGAAAAUGAAGUUGGCAUAUGGCAAUGGUUGUUUGGCAAAACUAUAACUAAUAUUGUUGUUCGCAAUUCUGGACCAAGUGAUGGAUUUGUUGGAAUUGCUGCGCCUUAUUUUGCAAGAAUUCUCCCGAUUGAUUUGGCAGUGUUUGAUGGAGAGAUUCUGUGUCAGCCUGAUGCAUUUUUGUGCUCGGUCAAUGAUGUGAAGGUCAGCAACACAGUUGAUCAGAGGGGACGUAAUAUUGUUGCUGGUGCUGAGGUAUUCUUGAGGCAGAAGCUAUCUGGUCGAGGGCUCGCAUUCAUACUAGGCGGUGGAUCUGUUGUACAGAAAAUUCUUGAGGUUGGUGAAGUUCUAGCUGUGGAUGUUUCUUGCAUUGUUGCUGUGACGAGUACAGUCGAUAUCCAAAUAAAAUAUAAUGGUCCCGCAAGAAGGACAAUGUUUGGGGGCGACAAUGCGGUAACAGCUCUUCUAACUGGACCAGGAAUCGUGUUCAUACAAAGUUUACCCUUUCCCCGUUUCUCUCAGCGAAUUGCUAGGGCGGUGACAUCCCCAAACAUGAGGGAAAAUCCAAAGUUUUUCAUACAGAUUGCCAUUUUCUUUUUCAUGGCAUAUGUUGUCAUUGUAUCUUCAUUAUUAUUGACAGAUGUAUGAAUUUCACUUUUUAUUUUCUGUUGUAGUUUUACUUUUACCCUGAUAAUUAUAGGUGCUCUGGAUUCCUCUGUUAAUAUCGGAUUUCUUCUUGGCAGAUCAUCUUUGCCAUAUUUUAAAAAUCUAAGUAGACCAAUCGAUUUGAACGACUUUACCGUUCUACGAUAAAUUAUUGGAUUGUUUUCAGAUUUUCAAUUAU